GCAGUCUUCCGGCUGCAUAAUGAUUGUGGGGUAAAGGUGAUACGAAUGAAAACACACGGAAAGUCUGACAAACUCCUGGAUUAUUUAUGCGACCUGCUCACCGCGUUAAGACAUGGCUGACAUGGCGAACUCGUCUAAAUCUGCUCCCGAGCGGACUUUUCAGUACCAGGACCAGCUUCCUCCACUGCCUGUCCCCUGUUUACACCAGAGCCUUCUGAAGUACCUGGAUGCGGUAAAACCAUUUGCGACUGAAGAUGAGCUUGAAGCCACAGUUAAAACAGUGCGGAGGUUUGAGGAGGGCAUUGGCAAAGAGCUGCACCUUAAACUACAACAGAGAGCCAGCCAGAAGAAGAACUGGUUGGAGGAGUGGUGGUUGGAUGCGGCUUACCUGGAGGUGCGCACUCCGUCUCAGCUCUAUGUGAACUUCGGAGGUCCUGCUCCGUACCUGGAGCACUGCUGGCCCCCCGCAGACGGAGUGGAGCUACAACGAGCCAGUAUCAUCACCUGGCAUUCCCUACUAUACUGGGACAUGAUCCGAACUGAGAGACUUCCUCCUCAGAAAGCUGGAAAGACACCACUGGACAUGGACCAGUUCAAAAUGUUGUUUAACACCUGUAAAGUGCCUGGGAUCACAAAGGACAGCAUUCAUAAUUAUUUCCAAACAGAGUCUGAAGGGGCGUGUCCAUCACAUGUAGUUGUGUUGUGUCGUGGACGGAUUUUCAUGUUCGAUGCCGUUUGUGAUGGAAAAAUCCUGACUCCUCCUGAACUGUUUAGGCAGCUGAGCUACGUGAAACAGAGUUGUGAGAACAGAGCAGAGGGCGAUGGAGUGGCUGCUCUCACAUCAGAGGAGAGGACUCGGUGGGCAAAAGCCCGGGACCAUCUUAUAAAUAUUGACCCACACAAUAAGGACAUCCUGGAGGUCAUUCAGAGCAGUUUGUUUGUCAUUUGCUUGGAUGAAACGAAGCCGUACUCCACACCUCACAACUACACAAAUAUGACUCUGGAGGCCAUGGUUGGUAACCCCACGAUUCGCUGGGGAGACAAAUCCUACAACUCCAUUGUGUAUUCAGACGGCACUUUUGGAUCCAACUGUGACCAUGCUCCUUAUGAUGCUAUGGUCCUCGUGUCUUUCUGUUGGUAUUUGGAUCAGCAGCUCAGUGCCACUGGUGGUGAAUGGAAGGGUUCGAACACUGUGAGACCUCUGCCCCUUCCUGAGGAGCUGGUGUUUACUGUGGACAGUGAAGCUCUGAACUACAUCAGCCAAGCCAAACAGCAAUAUCUAGAGACAACGAGGGACCUGCAGAUUGUGUGUUACGCCUUUACUGCCUAUGGAAAAGCAGCCAUCAAACAGAGGAAGCUGCAUCCAGACACUUUUGUCCAGUUGGCGAUGCAGUUGGCCUACUACCGACUUUAUAAUGAGCCAGGCAGCUGUUAUGAAACAGCUAUGACGCGUAAGUUCUACCACGGACGCACAGAGACGAUGAGGCCCUGUACCUCGGAGGCUGUGGAGUGGUGCAAGGCCAUGGUCAACCCCAAAUGUGACAUGAAUACCAGGAGGAAAGCGAUGCUGUCUGCUUUUAAUAAACACAACAAGCUAAUGGCAGAAGCUCAAGACGGCAAAGGUUUUGACAGACACCUCCUUGGCCUUUACCUCAUUGCUAAAGAGGAGGGACUUCCCAUUCCAGAUCUGUACAAAGACCCCCUCUAUUCAAAAAGUGGGGGAGGAGGUAACUUUGUACUGUCCUCGAGCCUGGUGGGCUACACUACAGUGCUGGGAGCAGUGGCUCCGAUGGUGCGUCAAGGUUAUGGAGUCUUCUAUCGCAUUAGAGACGACAGGCUUGUGUUUUCUGUGUCUGCGUGGAAAUCCUGCCAUCAGACAGACGCUGCUACAUAUUUUAAUAACCUGUCGAGCUCUCUGCAUGAAAUGCUUCAUUUGGCCACAACAGCUCAACUUUAGGCUCCACCAAAGACAACACGCUCUCUCUUCACCUGUACAAAGAUUAUAUGUUAAAGUGCAUUUGGCAGGUUUUUAUGUUUUGCUAAUUAUUACAUGGUUUGGUGGGACAGCACUACCUGCGGUAAAAUUUUGCCACAAUUUUACACCAGUUAAGUAGCAGGGUUUUUUUUAAAAGCUCAAAAGAAAAGUACAAAAUAAAAAUACAAAAGAAGAGGAAGACGAUGGAGGACAUAACCCUGAAAAUCCAUCCAAACUUCAGGGACAAAUUAUGCACUUGGAACAUUUCUGUCUGUUUAAACAUUUAUUAGUUAAAUCAUAACUACUGUGAAAUUUAGUUUUAGUUUUUUGUUUAUAUUAUGGUUAGGGUUAGGCUUAUUAUUAAACUACCUGUCACAUCUGCUACCUGUGUUUAACCAGGAAGUAAAAAAAAAAACACCUUCUUCAAAAUAAAAUAAAAAAAACUAGGCAGAAAUUUAAAAAGCAAUCAUAUAUAACUCCCAUAUUCUCUCUAAUUAUACCAACCAUGUUUUAGUGAAAUGAGUAGGCUAACCUGUCAAAUGCACUUGAAGAUUGUCUCUGCACAAAUCAAUGCAAAAGUAGCCAUAUCCAUAGGAAGUAAUAGGUUGCUCAUAUAACUCCCAUAUUCUCAUAUAAUUAUACUAACCAUGUUUUAGUGAUGAAAGUAAAUGAAAUAGUCUAACUUGUCAGAUGCACUUGAAGUUUGUCUCUGCACACAACAAUGCAAAGGUAGGCAUAUGCUUAGGUAAGGUAAGUAAUAGGUUGCGUUAUAAUUUCAGAUGGAGGGCUGGGGCCUAUUUAACUCUAUGGGAGAUGUGUCCACCAUGUUUAAAAUCCAUAGACCUUAUAAUUAUUUGAUUGGGUUUGGUUCCACAAAUUUUCCAUAUUGAUCUUAGGGCAUAAAACUGACAACAUCUUUAGGGUUGUCGCACCACUUUAUGAAGUGAUCGUGCAAAAUGCAUUCCACUCUAGGCCUAAUAAUUACAGAGACACUACCCUUGAACCAGGUCAAUAAAUCUCUUAAACUUUAAUCUGACAGUUAAACAGCAACUUCCACCACAGGAUUCUGGCCUGUCCUCCAGCUCAGUGUUAAAGGGCCCAUAUUACACUGUUUUCUGAGCUGUGUUAUAAUGUUUCCUCAUCGCAAACAUACCUGGAGUAGUGUUUUGUUUAAUUCGCACGUUUAACACACAACUCCUGCAUAUGAUGAGUUCUUUUCUCAAACGAAAAACACUCUGGUCCACCUUGUGAUGUCAUGUGGUAAUACAGGAAGUGCUCCACUGUGUUUUUAAACUCUAUCACCUUCAGUAGAAUCAUUUGGAUGAUUUCAGCCCUGGAAUUGCCAGUCUCU